CUUUUCCGUUCUUCCCAAGGCCGUAUUUCAGCCCUGGCAUCGCCCGCCUCCCGCCCAGCAUUUGCAUCCGCAUCCCAACGAACCUGACCCGGCGAUCGCCUCUUUUGAAUCGAGACCUCGUCCUAUCCCCCCCUGCCUUUCUUCUCUGCAAGCGCUAACAUGAAGACCUUCACUCGCGAAGAAGUCGCCCGUCACAACACGCCCCAGUCGGCCUACAUCAUCAUCGACUCGCGUGUCUAUGACAUCACCCGGUUCGCUGCCUUGCAUCCUGGCGGCGAGCAGCUCCUCCUCGAUCUGGCCGGCAAGGAUGUCACCGGUGACUUUUACGGACUCCAUUCCCAGCAAGUCCUCCACAAAUACGCCCCCAGACUCUUGAUUGGCUCCAUCGAAGGCGAAAACUUUGUGGACGUGGCUGCGGACGCCAUCGUGCCCUUCCCUUACGCCGAGAGCAACUUUUGGUUCGGCCACAAGUCGCCCUACUACAAAGAGUCGCACGUCCGCUUCCGUCAGGCCCUCCGCAGCUGGCUGGUCAAGGAGAUUGUUCCCGAUGCUGCUUCUCAAGAUGAUCUUGGCAAAGCUCCCAGCCCUGAGCUGUACCAAAAGUUUGUCAACUUUGGCGCCAUCGUCAUGGCCCUGGGCCCUGGCCCGCACCUCAAGGGAUAUAACCUGCCUGGCGGAGUCAAGCCCGAAGAGUUUGACUACUUCCACGAAAUGAUCUGGCACGAGGAAACAUCUCGACUUGGCCACUUUGGAUACAUUACCGGAUUUGCCUCUGGCACGGUCAUUGGCCUCCCUCCCCUCAUCAACUUUGGAAAGAACCACCCUGUCGCCCAGAGAAUGCUUGGCGAGGUCCUGAGCGGCAAGAAACGCAUCUGUCUGGCGAUCACGGAGCCGUACGCCGGCAGCGAUGUUGCCCAGAUCCGAACCACGGCCGUCAAGAGCCCUUGUGGAAAGUUCUACAUUGUCAACGGUGUCAAGAAGUGGAUCACCAACGGUUGCUACUGCGACUAUUUCACCACCGCUGUGCGCACGGGUGGCCCUGGCAUGGGUGGCAUCUCUGUUCUGCUCAUCGAACGAACUGAGGGCGUUCAGACCAAGCACAUCAAGACCUCGUACUCGGCCUCGGCCGGCACGGCCUAUGUCAUCUUUGAGAACGUCAAGGUCCCCGUCGAGAACUUGCUUGGCAAGGAGAACCAUGGUUUCCCGAUUGUCAUGUCCAACUUUAACCACGAACGCUGGGUCAUGAUCUGCUCCACGGUGCGUCAGUGCCGCAAGGCGAUCGAGGACUGCAUGAAGUGGGCCAACCAACGAGUCGCCUUUGACAAGAAGCUGAUCGAGCAGCCCGUCAUCCGCUUCAAGCUGGCCGGCAUGAUCUCCGAGGUCGAGAGCAUCCAGAACUGGCUCGAGAACGUCACCUAUCAAAUGAACAACAUGAGCUACAAGGAGCAGUCCGAUAAGCUUGCCGGUCCGAUUGCACUCCUCAAGUUCCAGGCCACCCGCGUUGCCACCAAGGUCUCGGACAAUGCCUGCCAGAUCUUUGGUGGCCGUGCGAUCACCAAGACGGGCAUGGGAAGCUUUAUCGAAGGCUUCCAGAGAACAUUCAAGUUCCAGUCCAUCCUUGGUGGUUCUGAGGAAGUCCUGGCUGACCUUGGUGUCCGCCAAGCCAUGCGCUCCAUGCCCCAGCACGCCAAGCUCUAAACGGGCCAGCACCCCAGUCGUUUUGCAUCCCCAAUACAGUUGCGUUGGUUCCAAGAGCGAGCCACCAUCGA